GUCUUCUAGGUGUUGAGAGCCUCUCCCCCCCUCCCCCGCCCGCGCCUGGCCUUUUUAUUCCACCUGAACAAAGACACGGAGCUGUCACCUUCAUAUGGCUCUUGUUUGCUUCCUGGACCCAUUCGCUCAACCGCGUCCUGGUGCUUCUCCUGACCUCCGUGAAAUGGUAAACCGUUGCUACCCUGCAGAGAAGUCAGCCACGUCAGCAAGGACUCUGCAGAGACUCCAGUAUAUUGCCUUUAGCCAUGCAGCAAGUUGGUAGGAUCCAGUUCGCCACUCUAACACCUGUAAUACUGUAAGGACCAAACACUGCGUGAUCACAAGGGAGGAACAACCGAGGAAAAAUACCCAUCUGGUUCAGCUGUGGAAGGAACUUAGAGCAUGUCUCAAUGGAAUCAAGUCCAACAACUAGAAAUCAAGUUUUUGGAGCAAGUAGAUCAAUUCUAUGAUGACAACUUUCCUAUGGAAAUCCGGCAUCUACUGGCCCAGUGGAUUGAGCAUCAAGAUUGGGAAGUGGCUUCUAACAAUGAAACUAUGGCAACAAUUCUUCUUCAAAACUUAUUAAUACAAUUGGAUGAACAGUUAGGUCGUGUUUCCAAAGAGAAAAACCUGCUGUUGAUCCACAACCUAAAGAGGAUUAGAAAGGUUCUUCAGGGAAAGUUUCACGGGAAUCCCAUGCAUGUAGCUGUGGUCAUCUCAAAUUGUUUAAGGGAAGAGAGAAGAAUACUGGCUGCAGCCAACAUGCCUAUCCAGGGACCUCUGGAGAAAUCCUUACAAAGUUCUUCGGUAUCGGAAAGACAGAGAAGCGUGGAGCACAAAGUGGCCGCCAUUAAAAACAGUGUGCAGAUGACAGAACAAGACACCAAAUACUUAGAAGAUCUUCAAGAUGAAUUUGACUACAGAUAUAAAACAAUUCAGACAAUGGAUCACGGGGAGAAGAACAGCAUUCUAAUGAACCAGGAAGUGUUGACACUGCAAGAAAUGCUUAACAGCCUGGACUUCAAGAGAAAGGAAGCCCUCAGUAAGAUGACACAGAUCGUGAACGAGUCGGACCUGCUGAUGAACAACCUGUUGAUAGAGGAGCUGCAGGACUGGAAAAGGCGGCAGCAGAUCGCUUGCAUCGGCGGCCCGCUCCACAGUGGGCUGGACCAGCUUCAGAACUGCUUUACCCUGUUGGCAGAAAGUCUCUUCCAACUCAGAAGACAACUGGAGAAACUCGAGGAGCAAUCGUCCAAGAUGACUUACGAAGGCGACCCCAUCCCCGCCCAGAGAGCACACCUGCUGGAGAGAGCCACCUUCCUGAUCUACAACCUUUUCAAGAACUCGUUUGUGGUUGAGCGACAGCCAUGCAUGCCGACACACCCUCAGAGGCCGAUGGUCCUUAAAACCCUCAUCCAGUUCACCACCAAACUGAGACUACUAAUAAAAUUACCAGAGCUCAACUACCAAGUGAAGGUGAAGGCAUCCAUUGACAAGAAUGUCUCAACUCUGAGGCAUUUUCCCUCUAGCAAUAGAAGAUUUGUGCUUUGUGGGACCCAAGUCAAAGCCAUGUCCAUCGAGGAAUCCUCCAAUGGGAGUCUCUCCGUAGAAUUUAGACAUUUGCAACCGAAGGAAAUGAAGUCCAGUGCUGGAAGUAAAGGAAAUGAGGGCUGCCACAUGGUGACGGAGGAGCUACACUCCAUAGCCUUUGAGACCCAGAUAUGCCUCUAUGGCCUCACCAUUGACUUGGAGACCAACUCCUUACCCGUGGUGAUGAUUUCUAAUGUCAGCCAACUGCCCAAUGCUUGGGCUUCCAUCAUUUGGUACAAUGUGUCGACCAACGAUUGCCAGAACUUGGUUUUCUUCAAUAAUCCUCCGUCUGUCACUCUGACUCAACUCCUGGAAGUGAUGAGCUGGCAGUUUUCAUCCUACGUCGGCCGUGGCCUGAAUUCAGACCAGCUCAACAUGUUGGCAGAUAAGCUCACAGUCCAGGCUAACUACAGCGACGGUCACCUCACCUGGGCCAAGUUCUGCAAGGAACAUCUGCCUGGCAAACCGUUUACCUUCUGGACCUGGCUGGAAGCAAUUUUGGACCUGAUUAAAAAGCACAUUCUCCCCCUGUGGAUUGAUGGGUACAUCAUGGGCUUUGUAAGCAAAGAGAAGGAACGGCUUCUGCUCAAGGAUAAAAUGCCCGGGACAUUCUUGUUAAGAUUCAGUGAGAGUCAUCUUGGAGGGAUCACCUUCACCUGGGUGGACCACUCUGAAAACGGAGAAGUGAGAUUCCACUCUGUGGAACCCUACAACAAAGGGCGGCUGUCAGCUCUGCCGUUCGCUGACAUUCUGCGAGACUACAAGGUUAUUGUGGCCGAAAACAUCCCCGAGAACCCUCUCAAGUACCUCUACCCCGACAUUCCCAAAGACAAAGCCUUCGGCAAACACUACAGCUCCCAGCCUUGCGAAGUUUCGAGACCAACCGAACGGGGAGACAAAGGCUAUGUCCCUUCGGUGUUUAUCCCCAUUUCAACGAUCCGAAGUGAUUCCACGGAGCCACAGUCUCCUUCAGACCUCCUCCCCAUGUCCCCGAGUGUAUACGCUGUGCUGAGAGAGAACCUGAGCCCCGCCACGAUUGAAACUGCGAUGAAGUCUCCGUACUCUGACGAAUGACAGCAUAAAGCGACUCUUUACAGAAGAGAGCAGUUGACAACGGGGAUUGUUCUUGGCCAAAGACCACAAUUUAUUUCUUCAGCUUUGUAGAUACUGGUUUCUAGAAAAUGGUAGAAGUCCACCAUUCUUCUCACCCCAACUGGGAGCGCAGUGACCAGAAUGCAAAAAACAAAAAAAGACAAACAAACAAACAAACAAAAAACCCCAAAGCUUCCGAUAAACACGCAAGAAGACAGCUGUAAGAAACCAGUGUUGGCAACAAUAUAACCGAAGACCUCCUUGUA